AUAAAGUGAGCUGCAGCACGGAACUUUCCCCACAAGACGGUCCCUAGUAAUAUCCUCUUGAAACAAUGGCUGAUGAACACACGUAUCAAUUCAACGUCAAGAUGACGUGCGGAGGGUGCUCUGGUGCUGUCACGCGAGUGUUGAGCAAGAUGGACGGGGUGACCUCGUUUGAUGUCAGCUUGGAAAAGCAGGAGGUGAUCGUGAAAGGAACUGCACCGUACGACGCGGUGCUUGAGAAGAUUAAGAAGACGGGCAAGGAGGUG